CAGAGAUAGAGACAGUAAGGGUCAUCUCUUGACUCUUAUGAACUCAGUUCACUUUUGUUAAGCUACCAAUGCACACCAUGAAAUUAACAGAUACCACUUAUUUGUUACAAGUAUUGGCACACCAAUUUGGGAAAAGUGUGUUUCUAUUUCUUCUGUUGUGUAACAAUUCUACUGCAUACAAUAUAUUUGAAUCAGAAAAAGAAUAUACAUAUUCCUACAAUGCACUUUCAAGUUCUGGUGUUUUGUUACCAUCUGGUGCAUCAUCUUCAUGGGGGUUUCAUGGAAAACUUGUAAUUCAAGCAAAUGAAAAUGUAGUUGUAAUGCAGUUGGAAUCAUUGAAGUUAACUACAUGGAAUGGUAACAUACAAGGAAAAGGAGAAGAUCAUGACAUUACAGAUGAGGUAGCAGAACUUCUGAAACCAUUUCAAAUUACACACAGGAAUGGUCUUGUUGAAAAUUUUAGCACUGAAGCUGUAUCUCCUUGGUCCACAAAUAUAAAAAGAAGUAUAGCAGGAAUUUUACAAUUAGAUCUCUCUAAUUUAGAAAAGGAAGCAGCAUUUCAUUCAACUGAAAGAAAUCACUAUGGGCAAUGUAACAUUGAAUACAUUGCUAAUCCUGAAGAAGAAAAUGAAUGGGUGAUAAGGAAAUUUUUAGAUCCUCGAAUGUGCAUUGGUCAUCCUCAUUACACAUGGUCAAAUGUUCCCAAAAUGUUGUGUCCAAAUGGAGAUCAAAAUCCAGUAUUAAAAUCUAGUGAAAGGUUGUAUAAAGUUAAAGCAAAAGGAUUUUUGAAUGAAAUUUUGUUUGUUAAUGCUACUGGAGGCAUAUAUAUACAACCUUUUCAAAGUUUUGGAGAUGCUCAGUUUCAUUUCACAAGGCAAGUUUUUAAAUUAAUUUCGGUGAAAGACAUCAUAAAUAAGAUACCUACUAAAGAUUUACACCCUAAAGUUUUACAACACGAACUCCCAGAACUUGACCUUACACAAGGUAGAGGUACUCCUGAUAAAAGUACUGUUUUCAAAUCUAUAGGAACUUUAUUAGAUAAAUUAAGUCAGAGACUUGAGACUCCUGGUUUGGAUACAGAGACUGAUAAUUUGCAUAAUACAACGAUUUCUGUUUUACUUUAUUAUCUUGGGAUGUUAGAUGUUGCUGAUUUACGUACUGCAUAUACAACAAUUUCAGGAACAAGUUACAAAGAAGAAACGAUACGAAAUAUGUUUUUGGAAACUCUGCCGCAAGUAGGCACAAAAGAAGCCGCGCUAUUCAUAUUAGAAUUAAUUCAAGAUAAAAAAGUAUCGGACAUGUCCGCAAUUCAACUUCUUACUCAGUUACCAUUCCAUGUACGAAAGCCUGAUGUCCAACUGUUAGUAAAUCUACAAACAUUUUUAAAUUUGCCAGAAAAAAUACCUGCCGAAGUUCAAAAUACAGCAAUUCUUACAUAUGGUACAUUGAUCUAUAAAACAUGUUUACUAUAUUGUCCAUAUGAAAUGUUAGAUGAUUAUGUGCGUCUAUAUCUUGAUAAAUUUACAGAGACGAAGGAAUACGAAAAGAAAAUGAUUUGGCUAGAAGGAUUAGCAAAUAUACAGUUGGGAAGAGUAGUGGAAUUUUUAGAACCUAUUGCAAGUAGUAAUAAUGCAGAAUCGCGGCAUUUUCGUGUCCUUGCUGCUUGGGCAUCGCUUCCAACAGCUCCUUUGAGACCUGAUGUUAUAUAUCCAGUUUAUUGGCCAAUUUUAAUAAACAGAACUGAACAUUUAGAAAUGAGAGUAGCUGCAUUGACAUUACUUAUUGUUUCUAGCCCUACACCAAGCAGACUAAUAUCAUUAUAUUGGUACAUGCAAAGUGAACCCAAUCUACAUUUGUACAACUAUUUUUAUACCACUUUAAAGUCUUUGGAACACACCACAUAUCCUUGUUACGUUCAUAUAGGUGCUAUAGCUGCACAAUUUACACGAGUACUUCGUCGAUCGUCAAAUAAUGAAUAUCUAAUUACUGGUAAUUAUAUAUUCGAUUAUCAAGACAAAUAUAGAAAAUUCGGUUCAAUGAUAGGUGGUAUCGUCAUCGCUAAUUCUAUAACAAAUAUGCCAGAGGUUUUAUAUGUAACUUUGAAUACUUAUGGAAGUGGAGUAAAUAUAAAUCAUGUAUCUUUAUAUAUAAAAGCUGAAGGCCUCAUACAAUCAUUAUCAACAUAUCUUGAGGGGCCAUCGCAAGUAAAGGAUAUACUGAAGCAAUUUAAAUUAGACCAAAAACAAAACGGACCUGUACAUUUAGAAAUAAUUGCACGUAUUCAAGAAAAAACAGUUCUAUGCCUCCACUUAAAUGAAACAAAUAUUAUUGCAGGAUUUAAAUAUCUUUCGUCUUUAUCUAACAAAAUAUACCAUAUAUAUCAAAAUGUGGAAUUUCAUGUUAAUCAACAACGUAUUAAUGUGCCAUUAACAUUAGAAUCGGUACAAGUCACAGAUCUGGGAGCAAAUGUCCGAUUUGCAGUUACCACUACAUCGUUAUUCUCAAUGAGAGGAAAUUUUACACAUGUUUCAAAUGGCAGAAAUAAUCAUGUCAUAUUACGUACAUCUAUUCAUGGAUCACAAGUAAUUGAAAAUUAUAAUCCUCUAAUUGAUGUAUGGCAUAGUGCAGAAAGAGAACAUUCUGUACAUGGAUAUCUUCCAGUCAACAUCACAAUUGGAUUGGAAGACCGACCUUUUAUUUCAUACAAUACUCCAGGAGAGCAUCUUAAAAUGGGUCUCACAUUUCAUGCCCGAACAUCCACCAACAUAAAAGGUGCAAAUAUUAAAUCAAAAUUAAAUAAAAUUUGUCCUAAUUGCACUCGAUUAUUCGUAGUCACAAAGUCACCAACAUAUAAACCACAUGAUACAGAUUUAUUUCAAAUUGACUUAGCAGAAUUAGGAGGUCAAAUAUGUGUGAAACUUUUCGAUUGCGAAAAUGCAAUAUCGCGAGAGAAAUUAGUCCGUGACGUGUUCUCUUCGCACCAAGCUAAUUAUCCUAUUUGGCCAAUUUUGCAGUUUGCUUUAACGGCACUUCAUUUCUUAGAUUACUACACAUAUGUACCACCAAAAGGUAGCUGUGGAUUAGCUGCUUAUAUUAGUACAAUUGAUACAAAACGAACUCAGGUCAGAUUCGAAUAUAUCAAAAACCCUAACCACCAUAUGGUGUCUUUAACACGUACUAACACAGAGUCGUCACAAAUUCUUCAACAAUGGAAUUUAGCUGCACUUUAUGAAAUUACUAGUUGGAUCUCCGACACGUUAAAAGUUAAAGCAACUAAAAUUGUACCGGGUCAACAAGUUUUAAAAUUUUGUUUAGAAGUAGAAAAAGAGAUACCUUGGGAAUGGGAUUUUCUUAGUACUAAACCAAGUGAUUCUGCUAGGAUCGUUUUAAAUGCUGUUUGGGGAUUUUCUAAUACAGCAAAAGGUAAAUGUAGUGGAUCCUCGGUCACAUUAAAUUUAAUUGGUGAAAUUAGCGAAGGUCAAUUGAAAGAAGUUAAAGAAGCAAAAUGGCCCUAUGAAGAAUGCCGGGAACAAUCUAAAGGAAAACAAUUUAUUCCAUUCUCUGACGCAUGCUAUGAAGCUUCAAGGGAGCUAUCAACUCUAAGGAAAUAUCAAAUAAUUGUACAACAUGAAAAUGUACCAGCAAACUUAAUGCGAUUAGCUUGGAAAUUCCGUGCCUUUUAUGAUUUUAUCGGCGGUAACAGUAGUUCUGAUUCUAUUUCCAAUGAAUUUGUUGUGACUGCGACAUUUCCGAAAGAGUCGGAUACUGGCGAAUUAUCGCUUAACAACGACAAAGUAGUUAUUGAAUAUAAUUACAAUUUUAUAGAUUACUUUCUAACAAGAACUAGAAUUCACAAGUACAUGGACUGGUCAGUUUUGAAAACACUUUUUGGCACAUGUGUUGUGACACCAGACUUUAUAAGAUCGAUUCACAACGUAAAUUACACGUUCGGUAACGAACACGAAGUUCUGUUGCUUGGUCAGUGUUACAAUGAAAAUCCAAAAUACGCGCUAUCAGCGCGAAAUGAUCUAUAUGGUGUUAAGGUCAAUAUAUAUGAUGAAAUAGACACUGUACGAAUUAUACCGAACUCAACCGGAGGAACGCUAUACAAUAAUACGUUACAUAUUUCAUUACCAAAAACCUACAUGUUUCACACCCUGGGCUCUAAAAAGGUAAGAUUGGAUGGUAAUACUAUUGACAUGAUAGUUCCGAAUCUCUAUUUAUAUAUGCAUUGGACUCAAGAACAAAUUCUUCUGUUCUUCCCAACGUAUUUACUAGAAUUUAGUUGUGGUAUAUGUACACUAAGCUAUCCCAAUGCUAAUAAUUUAUAUGAAAAACUAUAAAACUUUAUAUUUAUGCACAAAA